GCGCCACCUCUUGGCCAUAAGCGCGACGAUGAGAGACAUUGUGGACACGCCGAGGGCGGCUGGUGACGAGCUCGACACGACGCUGGAGGCAGUGGGCAUGGGGCGAAGCAGGGAGAAGCAGGUCACGGGCGCAUUUAUGCAGGAGACGCGCUCAACUGACUGCAAGAAGUGGUUGAAGCUGAAGAGCCAGGGGUUGCGCGGUCCCGAGGCGGUGCGAGGCGGCAGGGACAGCGUUCUACUCUCUGGGCGCGUCCUGGAGCUUGUCUACACCAUGCCGCUGGAAGAGGGCGGCAUUUCACGGAGCAGUGGCGGGGCCACUAAGUGGCUCGACGGCGGCAGCGCGAAGAGCAUGGCGACGGAGCAGGUGCUGGCGCAGUGGGAACUGGGGGACACGAAGACGGAGCUACUGGUGCGCAGGCUGAGGUGGUAUCAGAGUUGGGCUUUACGGUGGCGGCAUCGUGCGCAGCUGCUCUCCACGCUGUUUGCUGAUCUACCUGGCAUCAACGCAGUCGCAACUUGCGCGGAGGAGUGUCAUUCGCAGUCGGCAUCUCCAUGGGCGGUUCGAGUUGGGGCACGCGCCUCAGAGGCGGUCGACUCGAUGGAGGACGACGCCGACAUUCUCGAGGAGCUCGGCAGGGCACCGUGGAUGCUGGAGGCCGACCAAUACUUGGCUACGCAGUUCGCGAGCCUGGAUUUCGCCAGGGUGCGUGCGAGCAAGUAUACAGUAUCAAUCCCAAUUGCUGGUGCUCGGCAGGCAGAGCAGCGGACG